AUAAAAUUAUCACAUCUUGUCAUCUUGAACGAAAGGAUUCUUUUGGUCGUCCAUGACUUACUUACCUAUGCUAGCUUUAGCUUACAAAUCUAUUUGCAUACACACUACACAUCGAAUACCUUUAACUUAUAUUUUCGGCUUAUUGUCGACUAUUUAUUUAGUUAAAAGUUUGCAUGUAUAAAUGUUUUUAUAACUGCGAUCCGUUUAAAAAGAGCGAACAAGUUGUCAUCAGAAACACUGCGUUCGAGACAUCUAAUCGUAAGUACUGUAGUAGUUACGUAUGACAAAGUUUGAACUAAAAUAAUUUAUAUUUAAAAAGUUUUGUAAUAGCCAUAAUAUAGUCAUGCCGUAUAGAUACAAUAUAUUUUAGUGCAUACAUAGCCGAGAAUUAAUGGACAAAUUGCGUUUUCGUUUGUCAAAUAUUUUUAUGGAGUCUUUACAUGUCUAUUACGGUAAUAACCGCGUCACUAGUCUGCCUCUGGUUGUUCCUGCAUGUUUUUAUUUACUGCAGCAAAUUCUCUGAAAUAAUGUAUGCCUUUUGACACAGUAGAAGUCUAGCCAGAAUCCAUUAUGCUGUACUUAAAAACGGGUCUAAACGUGUGCAGAUGCUGUUUUACAGAGCAAUUCUCACGGAGGAGAGGACUGUAUACUACUCAAAAUCUGUCAAGGACAAACCUUGCCCGUGAAAAGAUAUUGUCGCAUGUCUCUCGUGCACAGAAGGGCGCUGUAUUUCUUUCACAAUUCUUGUGUUGUCCAGCUACCUUCGUACGAUGCGGUGGCGUGAGAGGUCUGUUCGGAGGAGGCACCGUUCCCCAGCAGACUCUGGAAGACAUUGCAGAAAGCAUCAGAAAACGCAAGUUCAAAAGAAUUGUGGUGAUGGCAGGGGCAGGUAUCAGCACACCCAGUGGAAUCCCAGACUUCAGAACGCCCGGCAGCGGUCUUUAUGACAACCUUCAACAGUACAGUCUGCCUUACGCUGAGGCCAUAUUUGAAAUAAAUUACUUUCAUCACAAUCCAAUCCCGUUUUUUGCUCUUGCCAAAGAGCUUUAUCCUGGUAACUACCAACCCAAUCUGACACACUACUUCAUUCGCCUGCUUCACGAUAAAGGACAGCUGCUCAGGAUGUACACGCAAAACAUCGACGGACUAGAGCGAAUGGCUGGAAUUCCCCCAAAGAUGUUGGUGGAGGCACACGGUACAUUUGCCACAGCCACUUGCACAGUUUGCCGAAGGGAUUACAAGGGAGAGGAACUCAGGAAUGAUAUCAUGGGAGGAACAAUACCCGAAUGCCCCACUUGUAAAGGGAUCGUCAAGCCUGACAUCGUGUUCUUUGGUGAGGAGCUCCCUCAGCAGUUCUUCACCUACCUUACGGACUUCCCGAUGGCAGAUUUACUCAUUGUCAUGGGAACAUCUCUAGAGGUGGAGCCUUUCGCCAGCUUGGCUGGUGCCGUGCGUGGCUCAGUUUCAAGGCUUUUGAUAAAUCGAGAUCUUGUGGGGCCGUUUGCUCGGGGCUCCCAACGUCACAAUGACGUGGCUGAGCUGGGUGACGUAGUUAGUGGGGUAAAAAAGCUGGUGGAGCUCCUUGGAUGGAAGCAGGAAUUAGAAGCCCUAAUGAAUGUUGGCGGAGACGAGACUUCGGUGAACAAGGAGGAGUGAGCAACCAAAUUUUAUCCCGACACUGGAUCUGGAGGUUGUUGGUUGGCCCAGUCAUUGAGUUUUGCAUUAGAUGCACUAGAACUAAAUAACUAGGUCGCCUCCACAUACUGCAGGUAAUGUGGUAAAAUAAGAAAUACAGUAAUAUAGCUGACAAAACUCUUUGUUGAGCCGGGUGUUAUCCAUUAUAUCAAACAAGUUUGGUGAUUUGUGGUGAUAUGAUUAAUUUAUUCUGUAACUAAUGGUGGUUCUGAGAUAAAAUAAAUGAGUGGCAUUCAGCUGGUCUGUUCAACUCAAUGAGGUGGCCAGCAUGAGGAAAACCAACCUGAUGAAUAAUAAAAGCUUUUCUAAAAUA